AUGCUGUCUGGAAUCACACCUUCACCGUACUAUUUAUGUACAUCUGUCAUGGAGAAGCAUGAAUAUGGGCCAGUUUUAAAAUACUUUUUUGUAGAACUAUCACCAGUCAUAACAAUAUUAUAUCCAGCAAUUAGUAUGCUUCCAUAUGAUAUGUUAACUUCAUUUGAUGAUGAACUUGCGAUAACUAUAAUUUCACCCGUAAUACUUCACAUAAAAAAACCUGAAUGUCAUUAUCAAGGAGUAACUGAAUCAAUGGGUUCAGUUAUAUAUGGUAGUUUUAAAAUGUUGUCCGCGCAUUAUUAUGGUACCACUGAAGAAGAAAAAAAAGUAUACGAAUCGCCAAUGUUUAAAAAGAUGAAAUAUGAUAUAGAAUUAAAUGAGGAUUUUUUUGAUUCUUUAGGUAUUUCUUGUAUGAUGCCAGAUGCUGUAAUGGAAACAUAUCAUCAAUAUGCUGAUCCUGUAAUGGAAACAUAUCAUCAAUAUGCUGACCCUGUAGUAGAAACAUGUCAGAGUUAUACUGACCCUCUAAUGGAAACAUAUAAUCGUUAUAGAGAACCUGAAAGAAAAUUAAAAGAAGUGAAACCAGAAAUUAUAUCAACAUAUGAGGCACGUCCAACUCAUAAUUCAAAUCAUAAUUCAAAACGUCAUCCAAAACGUCCAAUCCCUAAACGUCGUCCUAAACGAUCACUAACUUAUCGCAUAGAUGACUCUGUUGUUCAAAAAUCAUUUAAAAUAAGUAAAGAUAAACCUAUUAACCCAAUUUUAACACGAGAAAUAAAUCAAGAACCUGCUCCAUUAAUUCAAGAACCAGCUUCAUUAUUUCAAGAACCAGCUCCAUUAAUUCAAGAACCAACUCCAUUAAAUCAAAAAUCAAACCCAUUAAACCAAAAUAAUUUUAAACCUCAGCGUCUACUUUAUGCAUUUAUCGUGUUUCCACUUUACAUUGCGUGUGUAAUUCCAUUGAAUUUCAUCCUUUACUCAUCAUUAGCUAUAUCGACAAUUUACUUACUUGGUCAACAAUGGAUGGAUGAAUGUAGUAUGAUACCAGAUGAGAUUGAAAGACGUCGAAAGGUGCAUUCUUAUAAAUUGAAAAUACUUGCAUUAAUAGCAUUUUUUGGAACGUUGUUAUGUAUAGUACCUGUAGUAUUAUUUUUUAUGGGAUUUAAAGCAGUUUAUAUUGCUAUAACGGAUUCUAUUGAAAGUUGUAUCUAUUUUAGUUUUCAGGUGGCUGUUGGGUAUUGUGCGAAGGAUCACCAUGAAACUCAUGAAACUCAUGAAACUGGUGGUAAGUAG